UGGGGCCAAUAGUUAGUUUUCGUAUUGUGUGUACCCCCUUUCAAAGUUAGCUCCUGUGUAUUACCGCUAGUGGGCAGUGGUUCACUGAUGUGUAUUCUUAGUUACCGCAAGGCCUCUUCGGCAAGAACCUGAAACCGGGAGCGCACAUAGUAAAUUUGCUCAUCUAUUUUAUCUGUUUAUCGUAGAACUAUUGGUUGGAUAGACACAAUUGUCAUUUACCGCAAUCAAUUCCUGUAUAGUUGCUUUAUUGGAUUACAUUUAAUAACUGGAUAUUCUGUUUAACUGUGGAUUCACUUGGAUUAAAAUAUCAUUUCAAACAACAAUAUCAGAGCUGCAUAUUUCCAGUGUAUCAUAGACAGCAAGACAGGUUUUGGGAGCGCGUAUAAAUGCAUUGCAGUCAUAGACUAUUUGCGGGGCUAUUGAACUAAGUUGGACUUUGGCUACCGUAACAGUAAAUGACAAAGUCUAUCAGCCUUUGGAGUAUUUGGUUGUAUUAAGAAGAGUGGAAGUAAUUGACAACAUAUCUUCCAGCCUUUAGUAGAAAGGCGUAACAGUAAAUGACAAAGUCUAUCAGCCUUUAGAAGAGUGGAAGUUCCAGCUUGGAGGCCUGAGUACUGUUGUGAAAGGAAAAAGUAGAUUAUCAGUGGUGACAGCACUGAUAAAAGCUGAAGAGUUUCCCUAGUCAUUUAACUUCCAGGAGUUUACAGUAACUGACUGGCAACAGUGUUGCUUUCCGUUUGGGUGACAGUGUAAACAGAUUUAUUUCAUGAUGAAAUCUGCGCGAAAAAGGUUUGCAAAAGGUAAACAUGUAACUUCUGAGCCAGCAUCCAUGGAACAUGGUGAUAUUGUAAACAUUACAAAGAGAAAGAUCAGACCGUCAUCGAAAGUUGUGGAAAAUAGGAAACAAGAGUUUGAUCAACAGAGGCAAAGCGUAUCUAAACUUUGUCAGAAGCUUGUGAAACUAUGCGAAACAGCAAAGCAUGUUAGCCAUAUCCUAAGAGCAUCAUCUGCAAUGCGUGCAUCUUCACGGGAAUUAAUGGAGAUGUGGUCAGCGCUUGAAGAGAUGGUGUCAAGAAAGGAGAGGACAUCUUUGUUUCGGGGUAUUCAACAAGUGGACAGAGAAGUGAAAGAUGCGACUAGGAUUGCUGAAGAAACUGUUGAUAAUCUCAUGGAAAAGAGAGAUGAAAGUUCAUCCAGAAGCUCCACAUAUCGGACAUCUGCAUCUAGUAAUGUUAGUCGUAAAUCAGAAAAGAUUGCUCUUGACAGUAAGCAAGAAUGGUAUGAUUUACAGAAGGAUGUUGGGGAACUCGAAGUUAAAGUAAAAUCCGUGGAAGAAGAGAAGUUGCUCAAUCUUCAAGCACUACAGCUGGAAUAUCAAAGAAAAAUGAAGAUUUUGGCUGAUGAAAGUCAACUUCAAAUGCAUAAGUUAAUGCAGCAAAGCCAGUUGGAAUUGCACUUGCACAAGAAGGAACUCGAGUCGAAGAAGGCAAGAGCACAAGUUUGCAAGAAGGUCCAGCAAGUUGAAAAUCCUUUCGGGUUGAAUGAAGAAGAUUUUAUUGCAAAUUCAAGUAGUCAACAAUCACAGAUCUUGAAAUCAGAUUGGGAUCAUAGUUUGAAAACAAUUCAUGGAGAAGAUAACUCAAAUGAUAUUGUAUGUGAGAAUAUUAAUUCAGGUAUGAAUUCACAACAUGCAAAUGCUUUUCAGCAUUCUCCAUCAGGUGCGUACACUACAUUUGUUUCUCCUGAAGUUAACAUGAAUAGUGUUUCUCAUUUAAAUAAUGAUUUAAGUGCAUGUUUGAGAGAGUUGGCAAUAUCAAAUAGUAUGCUAGCCAAUGCAUAUGCUUUGCCACAAAUUAAAGUUGAUAUUUUUGAUGGUAAUCCAUUAAAAUUUCCUGCCUGGGAAUCUGAUUUUGAUGCUCUUAUUGAAGCUAAAACUACCAAUGUACGCCAAAAACUUAAUUUACUCAGUCAACAUUUAUCAGGGGAUCCUAAAACAAUGAUUCAAGAUCUUGUGUUGUUACAGUCUGAUACUGCGUAUGCAGAAGCAAAGGAAAAAUUGAAGUCAAGAUAUGGCAAUGAAAGUGUCAUAUGUAAAGCAUUUCUUGACAAAUUGGCAUCAUGGCCAAGAAUUAGAUUUCGUGAUGCUGCUGGAAUUCAGAGAUAUGGUGAUUUCCUUGACCAAGUCAAAGUUGCAAAACAUAAGAUCAAAGAUCUGGAGGUACUUGAUUUUUCUGUUGAAAGUGUAAAAGUAAUUGAACGUUUACCAACCUAUUUGCAAGAUGCUUGGCGUGGUACUGUUAAAAAUUGGAGAUCAAAAUAUGGAAAAAAUAGCUAUCCACCUUUUGAUGAAAUUGUUAAAUUUGUAAAUGAAGCGUCAGAAAAGGAGAAUAUUCCUGAGCUUGAACAUAUGAACAAAAAUCGUGAAUAUGUGAAGUCAUAUGAUGACAGGGAAAAGAAAAGUAAGUCUUUUUCCAGUUAUAGAAGUGCACAGAAUGCGAGAGCAUAUGCUCAUAAAGUAGAAAAUAUGAAUGCGAACAAAUGCCCAUUCUGUAGUGUUUGUCAUCAUAUAGAUGAUUGUGAUGAAUUUGGUAAAUUGUCAAUAAAGGACAAGAAGACCUUUUUUCUGAAAGAGAGACUGUGUUAUGGAUGUGGUUCUAAUAGAGGUCACAGGGUUAAUUUUUGUAAGCAGAGGGUUACAUGUAAGAUUUGCAAUAGGUUACAUUUGACUGCCCUCCAUGUGGAUAAAACUCUUGAUAAAAGUGAUUCUAAAUGUACUCAAGUUUGCACCAUAGAAGGUCAAAGUGGUGGCAAACAUAAUUCUAUGAUUGUUCCAGUAUUUGUGAGAAAUAGUAAAAAUCCAUCUAAGGAAAUCCAGUGCUACUGCAUAUUAGAUGAUCAAUCUAAUUGUUGUUUUGUUUCUGAGGAAUUGCAAAAGCAACUUGAUGUGAAAGGUGUACAGACACAGUUAAAUCUCUCUACGAUGAUGAAAUCUGGAGCGUUGGUGUCUUCGCAGAGAAUCAGAGGACUACAAGUGAUGAGUAUGGAUCGUCAAGUAAAGAUAGAUAUUCCACAAGCUUAUACUCGUGAGCAAGUACCUGCGAGCCCUUCACAAAUUCCAAAACCUGAAGUUGCCAAACAGUGGAAACAUUUGGAGAAAAUUGCAGACAAACUUAUGCCUUAUGAUUCAAAAUUGAAGGUCAGUAUUCUCAUUGGUAGUAACAUUCCUAGUGCGGUAAGGCCUCGUGACAUAAUUCAUGGACGGGAAAAUGAUCCAUAUGGUCAAAAGUCUAUAUUGGGUUGGGGAAUAAUUGGAAAUGUUUGCAAAAAUGGCAAACGUGAUGAUAAAAGUUCAAUAUCUCAUCGUGUCGAAGUGACACAAGAUUGUUCCACAGCGGAAAAUCUGUUAGAGAGCAAUGGUAAAUCAUCAUUUGUAUUUUCCACAAAAGUAAAAGAAAUUGUAAGUCCUCAACAGCUCAAUCAGAUGAUGGAAAUAGAUUUUGUUGAUCACAAAAGUAAGCAUGAAAAUAUGUCAAUUGAGGAUCAAAGGUUUGUGAAAAUACUUUCUGAAAAUGUUAUUAAAUGUGACAAUGGAAUGUAUGAAAUGCCUUUACCAUUGAAAUGUGACCAAGUUAAAUUACCGAAUAACAAGCCCAUGGUAUUGAAACGAGUAAUGCAAUUGAAAAAACGAUUUGAAAAGGAUUCAGAGUAUAAAAGUAAAUAUGUUGAAUUCAUGGAAGAUAUGAUAAAAAAUUAUGCUGAAAGGGUGCCAGAAAAUAGACUUGUUGUUAGUGAUGGAAAAGUUAAUUAUGUGCCACAUACUGCUGUUUUUCAUAGUAAGAAGAAAACCAUCAGAGUUGUUUUCGAUUUGAGUGCUUUGUAUAAAGGAGAAUGCAUAAAUGAUCAUUUGCUCACUGGACCAGAUCUUAUGAGUGGAAUGACAGGAAUUUUGUGCCGAUUUCGGAAAGAGGAAAUUGCUGUAAUGGGAGACAUAAAAGGUAUGUUCCAUCAGUUUGUUGUACGAGAACAAGACAGAGAUUUGUUGAGAUUCUUUUGGUGGAAUAAUGGUAACACCGAAUCAGAAUUAACUGAGUAUAGAAUGACUCGACAUCCAUUUGGUGCUCGUAGUAGCCCAGGUGUUGCAAUGUAUGGAUUGAAAUUAGCUGGAGAUGAUGGUGAAAAGGCAUUUGGGAUAGAAGCAGCUGAUUUUGUGAGAGAUAAUUUUUAUGUGGAUGAUGGUUUACAGUCUCUCGAAACUGUUAAUGAAGCUAAGUUGCUCAUUAAAAAUAGUACUUCUCUGUGUGCCAAAGCAGGUCUAAAGUUGCAUAAAUUUGUGUCGAAUCGGAGAGAAGUCCUAGAAUCUAUUCCUGAAUGUGAUCGGGCUAGUAGUGUAAAAACAAUUGAUUUGAAUAAUGAUCCACUUCCAAUUGAGAGAGUUCUAGGUAUGCUGUGGGAUGUGAAUGAUGAUGUUUUUCGCUAUCAUUUGCAAUUGAAAAAUCAACCACGAACCAGAAGAGGAUUUCUAUCAAUUGUGAGUUCUAUAUUUGAUCCAAUGGGAUUUCUGUCACCUGUGAUAUUGGAAGAUGCAUGUCAGUCUGGUUAUGGUCAAUGUUCAUAUGUCAGAUUGGUGAAUGAAAAUGGAGAUUCACACUGCACCUUGCUCAUGGGGAAAUCUCGUGUUGCUCCGUUGAAGCAAAUUUCCAUUCCAAGGAUGGAAUUGACAGCAGCUACAAUUUCUGCACGAAUGAGCAGAUAUUUACGGGAAGAACUAAGGUAUGAAAAUAUUAAGGAAUAUUUUUGGGUUGAUAGUAUGGUGGUGCUGGGUUAUGUGAACAAUCCAGUGAAAAGAUUUCAUGUAUUUGUUGCAAAUAGGAUACAACAAAUUCUUGAUGUGUCUGAUGUUAGUACAUGGUUACAUGUUGAAUCUAAUCAAAACCCAAGUGAUUUGGCAAGUCGUGGUAUAUCAGUAAAAAAGUUAAUUGCUGAUUCAAAAUGGUGGAAUGGUCCUGAGUUUUUGCAAUGUAAAGGAGCUUAUGAACCACCAGAAGUUUCCUAUGUACCAAAUAAUAAAACAGAUGCCUUGUUGAAACAUGAAAUGAAAAAGGCAACAGCGUUCAUAACAGUUGAAAAAGAAAAUACUGUUGGGUAUAAUUUUGAUAUUGAUAGACUGGACAUAUUUUCUUCUUGGUUCAAAGCCAAGCGAGCUGUGGUCAACUGUAUUCGAUUUUGUCACAAGCUGAGAAAAGUUGAUUGUGCGAAUAAUUUGGAAGUUGAAAAUUUGUCGAUUUCAGAGAAAGUAAUUAUCAGAUGUUUACAGCAAAUUCAUUUUUCAGAGGAAAUAGAGCAGCUGCAAAGUUGUGCAGUUUCUGGUGCAAUUUUGGAUCGAGCCAAAAUUAAAAUUCGAAACAAACUUAGCCGAAGUUCAAUUUACAAAUUGGAUCCAUAUAUCGAUGAAGAUGGACUAAUUCGUGUAGGUGGUAGAAUAGGGAGAGCAAAUAUGCCCAUGGAUUGUAAGCAUCCAUUGCUUUUGCCAAGACAUUCUCAUGUUACUAAUUUGAUUAUUCGUCAUUUUCAUAUGAAAGUUCAUCAUAUGGGACGCGGAAUGACACUGAAUGAGAUACGUCAAAAUGGGUAUUGGAUUGUUGGAGGCACCUCAGCUGUGUCACAAUUUAUAACUUCAUGUGUUGCAUGCAGACGUAUCCGAAGACCUCUUGAGGUUCAAAGGAUGAGCGAUCUUCCAGAGGAUCGUGUGAAUGAAGCAGCCUUGUUUGAUUAUUCAGCUGUUGAUGUUUUCGGUCCUUUUGAAAUAAAGGAGCGUAGAUCUAUUUUAAAGAGAUAUGGUAUAAUAUUCACUUGUUUAUCUUCCAGAGCAGUUCAUUUAGAGUCUGCAAAUUCAUUAGAUACAGAUUCAUUUCUCAAUGCCUUGAGGAGAUUCCUAGCAAGACGAGGAACAAUUAAGCAGUUGAGAGCAGAUUGUGGAACAAAUUUUAUUGGAGGAAGAAACGAAUUACUAAAAGCUAUUGGUGAGAUAGAUCAAUGCAAGGUCAGAGAAUAUUUAUUGUCUAAUGAGUGUGAUUGGUUCGAAUUCAAGUUUAAUGUUCCAAAAUGUAGUCAUAUGCAUGGAAGUUGUGAACGUCAAAUAAGGACAGUUCGAAAUGCUCUGGAGCCAAUUAUGCAGAAGUUCGGUUCACAGCUUGAUGAUGAAAGUUUUCGUACUGUACUUGUGGAGGCUGAACAUUUGGUUAAUUCUAAACCACUUACAGUUUCUAAUUUAGGUGAUGUGGGUUCACCCGAGCCAUUAACACCAAAUCAUCUUUUGACGAUGAAGCCAAAGGUUCUUCUGCCUCCACCUGGACAAUUUCAAAGACCUGAUGUAUAUGCAAGACGUCGAUGGAGACGAGUCCAGUACAUUGUGAACCAAUUUUGGUAUCGAUGGAGAUUGGAGUAUCUACAAACACUACAACCAAGAGGGAAAUGGACUAAAACUGAACUGAAUUUAUGUGUUGGAGAUAUUGUCAUAGUGAACGAUGAGAAUGCCCCAAGAAAUGAAUGGCAACUUGCCAGAGUUGAUGCCUUGUAUCCGUCUGAGGAUGGCCUCAUUCGAAAAGUUAGAGUUCUUGUUGCCGAUUGUAAUCUUGAUUCCAGAGGCAAACGAACAAAAGCGGUGACAUACCUCGACAGACCGAUACAUAAACUUGUGUUGUUGGUUCGUGCAGCCAAAGAUGGCGAUUCCCCGGACGAGGAGCCAACAUCUUAGUUUUAUUACUUUUUGUACUGUACAUAUGUUUCGUUUUAAAAAAGUUUUCUUUGCCAACAAAGAACCCUUUUUGGGGAGCCAUGUUACUGGGGCCAAUAGUUAGUUUUCGUAUUGUGUGUACCCCCUUUCAAAGUUAGCUCCUGUGUAUUACCGCUAGUGGGCAGUGGUUCACUGAUGUGUAUUCUUAGUUACCGUAAGGCCUCUUCGGCAAGAACCUGAAACCGGGAGCGCACAUAGUAAAUUUGCUCAUCUACUUUAUCUGUUUAUCGUAGAACUAUUGGUUGGAUAGACACAAUUGUCAUUUACCGCAAUCAAUUCCUGUAUAGUUGCUUUAUUGGAUUACAUUUAAUAACUGGAUAUUCUGUUUAACUGUGGAUUUACUUGGAUUAAAAUAUCAUUUCAAACA